UUGGCUUUCAUGGCAGAAGCAAGUCCAAGGACUCGUCGUCGGCCGGAGCACAUUUCCCAGGUUUCCGUCGCCGAAAAUCAGCUGCCAGAGAGUCCGAGAGGCCCGAUGGAGUUCCUCUCGAGGUCGUGGAGUGUUUCAGCUCUAGAAGUGUCCAAAGCCCUUGCUCCUCCUCAUCAUCAUUAUAAUCAUUCAUUUAGUAGCUCAACUUCAAGUACAGCUCCCAAGUCCGCCACCAGCACCUCCUCGUGCACCACCGCAUCGAUACCGGAAGACACAAACGGCGAGACCGAGGAGCUCGAUAAGGCGGCUACAAAGCCAGCGGCCAACAUGAACUUCUCCUUCUCCUCAUCCUCCGCUACUUCACAGCUCGUUCUUGAACGCAUCAUGUCACAAUCGGAAGUGUCGCCAUUAACGUCGGGGAGGCUUUCUCACAGUAGCGGACCUUUGUUUAGCGACAGUCCUCCGCCGGUUUCUCCAUGGGAGGAAUUCGACGACGUCGUUAAGUAUUUCCGUACCCACAAUUCCAUUCAACCUUUAUUCAUUGGAGGUCGGGCAUGCGCCGGUACCGGAGUUAACACCCCGAGCGGGGCCAAGACGGUGGGGAGAUGGCUAAAGGACAGGAAAGAGAAAAAGAAAGAAGAAACCAGAGCUCACAAUGCGCAGCUUCACGCAGCUAUCUCGGUUGCUGCGGUUGCCUCCGCCGUAGCAGCCAUUGCGGCCGCCACCGCAGCUUCUUCUUCGUCCCCCACCUCGGGCAAAAACGAACAGUCUGCGAAGACCGACAUGGCCGUCGCAUCAGCUGCAACAUUAGUAGCCGCGCAAUGCGUGGAGGCCGCAGAAGCUAUGGGAGCUGAACGUUGUCAUCUUGCUCGGCCGUGA